GCCUUAGACGCUUGUCUCAGCUUUUCUUCCAAGUAGAAGAAAACUGUGAGCUCCUAGAGAGAGAGAGAGAGAGAGAGAAGACUCUUGUUGUUGAAAACCAAAUUGUUUUGAGAGGGUUGGAGAGAGAAAGAUUUAAGGUAGAAUGGGUAGACCACCUUGCUGUGACAAAAUUGGUGUGAAGAAAGGGCCAUGGACACCUGAAGAGGACAUCACCUUGGUCUCUCACAUUCAAGAAUAUGGACCUGGGAAUUGGAGAUCUGUUCCUACUAAUACUGGGUUGCUCAGAUGUAGCAAGAGUUGCAGGCUUAGAUGGACUAAUUAUCUAAGGCCGGGGAUCAAACGUGGUAACUUCACUGAUGAUGAAGAGAAGAUGAUAAUCCACCUCCAAGCUCUCCUAGGCAACAGAUGGGCUGCCAUAGCUUCCUACCUUCCUCAGAGAACAGACAAUGAUAUAAAGAAUUAUUGGAAUACCCAUUUGAAAAAGAAGCUCAAAAAGCUUGAAGGCCAUGAAGAACACAAUCAAGAUGAAGACUCAGUUUCAAAGUCAAUCUCAAAGGGUCAGUGGGAGAGAAGGCUUCAAGCAGAUAUCCACUGGGCCAAACAAGCUCUAUGUGAGGCUUUGUCCCAUGAUAAAUCAACCAAUUUGCCAGACUCAAAGCCCUUUAAUGGCCAUUUUGAUCACACCAGACCAGUCCAAACAUCCACCUAUGCAUCAAGUGCUGAAAAUAUAGCUCGGUUGCUUGAAAACUGGGUGAAAAAAUCACCAAAAUCCUCUCUUUCAAGCUCAGAAAACAGUCAAAAUACUCAAAAUUCAUUCACCAACACAGUUCGAUCAAGGUCUAGUCCCAGUGGACAGACACUUAGUGCUAUGACACCGGAGCAUUUCGAGUCUUUUGACUCAUUGUUUAGCUUCAAUUCUUCCAAUUCUGCUGCAUCUCUAUCUGAAACUAACAUUUUCCAAGAUGAAGAAAGUAAGCCAAAUAUGGAGGGUCAUGUGCCUCUCUCUUUACUAGAGAAAUGGCUAUUUGAUGAUGGUGCUGUACAAGGACAAGAAGACCUACUGGACAUGUCCUUGGGGGAAACUGCCGAGUUGUUCUAAAGGAGGACUCAUGUUUCUGAGUUAUAGGCCUCGAACUGGUAGAUUUUACUUUCAGUAGUUCAAGCCCUAAAAGGAAUUUUCAAUCCCGAGCUGAAAAAAGUUGAUCAGUCCUGUAUGAAUACAGCUGGAAGUGUAAAUUAAUUACUAGUAGUAUAUACUUUUAUGUACUGGAAAUAAUUUCCUCUUUCUCUUUUUAGGGCAUGAACUAUUUGUAUUUUGUGAACCAUUUACUGGGCAUAUCUGAGAAAUGCAGUCAUCUGAGAAAACUCAAAAGAUUAGAGCUACUUGCAUUCUAAUUUAUGAGCAAUGUUAUGUAACUCGAAUUUAUAUCUCAAAUCAAUAAAGACUAUUAGAUUAGUAGUUCA